CAUGGGACUAGCUUAUAAAAAUGGUAAAUAUGCCUGGCCAGAUGGAAGUACUUUACCAACAGAUGAGAUCAUUAGGUGGGACACAUCAGUAGGAUCUGGUGCUUGUGGAGGUUUUCACAAAUCAUCUGGUUUCUGGAUAAAACUAUCUUGUACUUUAAACAGUAUUUUAAUAUCAUGUGAAAAAGAGGUAAUAUUACCAGUAAAUGAAAAAAUUGGACAGUUGUGGACAGUUAUCACUGCAGCUUCAUUAAGUACAACCAGCAGUAAACUAGUUUAUAAAAGUGACUAUAAUACCAGAUUUGACUGUUUAAUGGCAUGUAAUGAAGAGAUAAGGUUUACUUGUAUCUCAUUUGCCUUUGACACAAAUACAAAGGAUUGUAUACUAUACUCAACAAAUACCUACUCAAAAAACACUUACCUGAAAAGAGAUGUCGAUGAUGAAGAUAAACUGUAUUUUGAAACUAUUUAUCCUGGUGAAUGCUUUCAAAGGCUUAUUGAAGAAAGAGUUUUGGGAAUAAAAUGGAAUGUUUCUUCAGAGUAUGACUUAUCAACAGAUAAAAGCAAAUUACCUCUACAUUUGCGAAAAGGCCCUAAAGAUAAUGUUGCUCUUGGCGAAACAGCUUUUCAAAAGACAACUAAAGGGGACAAUAAAGCAAAUCUGGCAAUUGAUGGCAUAUCACUUAGUGGUGCCACAUUAGGUUAUUGCGCAAUAGGGGAAUUUACAGAUAAUCCUUGGGAGGAAGACAGUAUUGUAGCUUUAAUAGCUCUAUUAGUCAACAAUGCUGGUUGGCCAAUCACCAGUCAACUUUACCAAAAACUAAUUUUGGUUUUUCCAUAUAUAUUUCUGAUUCAGUUAGUAACCUAA